UCUCCAUAUAAAAACCACACACCCCCACGCCACUCUUCACUCAUCCAAUACCCGCAAGGCUUUUUCUCCGUCGAUUCAGAAUCAGUCUUCGUCCCAUCUUUACUAUUUGGUAAAGACGUAAUUAAUUUCUCACUAAAACAUGUACGUCAACGAGGAUCAAAGUUCGAGCUCAAGUCCCAAGCCCAUCACGAUCCGGCAGGUGUGGGCUCAUAAUUUAGAAUCCGAAUUCGAAUUGAUACGCUCCGUGAUCGACGACUACACUUACAUCUCAAUGGACACGGAGUUUCCGGGACUGAUAUUCCGGCCGCCGUACAGCCAUGAUUUACAGCCUUCCGAUCACUACAAGACUCUCAAAUCCAACGUCGACGCCCUCAGCCUCAUCCAGGUGGGCCUCACCUUGUCCGACCCCGACGGCAACCUCCCCGACCUCGGCUCCUCCUCCACGAGCUUCAUCUGGGAGUUCAACUUCAGCGACUUCGACGUCGCUCGUGACCCCCACGCUCCCGACUCCAUCGCCCUCCUCCGCCGCCAGGGCAUCGACUUCGACCGCAACCGGUCCGAGGGGAUCGAUUCUGCCCGGUUCGCUGCGCUGCUGAUGUCAUCGGGGCUCGUCCUGAACGAGUCGGUGAGCUGGGUCACGUUCCAUAGCGCGUACGACUUCGGGUACCUGGUCAAGAUUUUGACCGGCCAGCAAUUGCCAAGUGGCUUGAAAGACUUGGAGGAGUUUUUGAAAAUUGUGAGGGUCUAUUUCGGAAAUAGAGUUUACGACGUGAAGCACAUGAUCCGCUUUUGUGAUGGCUUGUACGGAGGGUUGGAGCAAGUUGCGAAACGUUUGGAGGUGAACCGGGCGGUCGGGAAGUGCCACCAGGCCGGUUCAGAUAGCUUGCUGACGUUGCAUACGUUUCAGCAGAUUACGAAAAAGUGUUUCGAUAAUUAUGACGAGGUGGAGAAGCACGCGGGAAAGUUGUUUGGAUUGGCAAUGGCUUGAUUUUUUAUAUUUAGGGUGUAGAUAAUUUAUUUUUUUUAUGAACAAAGGGGGCGCCAAAGGCCCCAGCACAAACAAAAUUAUUUAUUUAUUUAGGAAAACAUCAUAACUGUAUUUGUUCUAUUUCAUUAGGCAAUUUGGUAAAUAUUAUUACAAUUCUUUUCUAA